AUGGCGGCUCGCCGUAGUCUUCGGAGAUAUACUAUCCUGUGCAGGCGCGUAAUUGAAGUAAAGGAUCAGCGUUUGGACAUACAUAAAAGCGCUGGACAGUCGUCCCUCAUCGAUCUUUUCCAUCAUUCCAACGGGCCAGUCCUUUCUUUGAACACAUUCACUAAGUUCCUUUCUACCACAUUCAUUCUUUACCUUACAUUCCAUCUUUGUGAUCAGGCAUCACCAUCACACAUUUGA